AUGGUAUUCAUUACUGGAGACGAUGGCAUUGCUCGCAAGUACGCAUGCAAGACCUGCAUCAAGGGCCAUAGAUCGACUCGGUGUCAGCAUACUGAUAGAGAGCUAGUAGAGAUCAAAAGGAAAGGACGACCUAUAUCCCAGUGUGAAUCUUGUCGCCAGCUAAGGAAGACCAAACAGCUACAUAUCAAAUGCAUUUGUACCGACAAAGCUACGUCUGAUCCUCCUGUCGCCAACAACACACCUACUCCACCAGCAGACGACACGUUUUCUCAACCUGCUACACCCUCAUCCACCAUUACCACUACCAGUAUCACCACGACAUCUACUAUUACUACUACUACUACUAUUAGCACUACUACUAUUACGGCAUCACCAUCAUCAUAUUCUGCAUCACCUACAUCAAUCAUACCAUCUCCUUCUUCAAGCUGCUUAUAUAAUGGCACCUCCACUACAACACCUAAUAUCACAAAAUCAGAAUCAUCGAGCGUACUGCUUUGCAAAAGUUGUGAUCGCUCUCCUUGCUUGUGCUUGUCAACGAAACCGGAACCUGAAAGCUAUCCAACAUCCAAUUCUACCGACACAUCCCCUACCAGUGAAGCAGGUCCUCAUACACCUGAAGACAUCAUCGAACAACAUCGCAUACCUCCACCUUUAUCAUCAUUAAUUCUACCACCCAUCCGAUUACCCAUGUCAUCAUCAUCAUCACCGUCAUCACCGUCAUCAGCAUCAUCAUCAUUACGCUCAUCCUUCCAUCCUCGGAAACUUGCCAUCCCUAUUCAUGAUCCACAUGACGACAUUGACAGCGACACCCCCAUCUACAAAUCAGAAGAGAACAACGCGCCUGAUCGAGGAGCUGUCCUUGGAAGUCUUUCCGAUACAAGGCAUGAAGAUCUUAUGAAAGAACUCUAUGGUCCUUUUCAACCUCCUCCAAAGAAACGACAACGAAGGGUCAAUGGUGAAACCAACUCAGCUAGGUGA